AUGGUGAUCGAAAUGACACUAAUAAGCACACGAGACGAAGACAAGGACUGCUCUGCUCGGCUACCGAUGGCCCGAGCAGUCAUGCUUUCAGUUGCGAGGGCGACGCGACGUAAUCUGCUCGGAAUGGCAGUUUCACGUUUGUUGCUGGCGCUCGCAGCCGGUGCCGUUGGUGUUGUCGCCAAUGCGUCAAGCCUCAACUCGACCACGAGAAGCUUCACGGCCAAAGGCAUCGCUACCGGCACGGCAGCACAGCUGCAAACCUCCCCUUUCGCCCCGUUCACCCUAAGCCCGGAAAUCCCGCUGGCCACCUUGGAUUACGGAGCCGAGAGAGCGGGUUAUCCGAUCUUUGAAGUCUCCGCCCUCAGCGCCCCGGCCCAGAUCGAGGUGAAGUACACUGAGCACUUUGACGGGCUCGAUCAUCCGUUCGGCGACGGGCCGUACACCUUUUCCAAUCAGCUCAGCAACAGCUUCCGCGUCGAGACGUUCAACAUCACGUCUGUCGGCCGAGUCCAAUCCCCGCUCAUUCAAGGAGGGCAGAAAUGGCAAUCCAUCAGACUUUUGACGAAUGGCACUGUCUCUUUCUCGAGCGUGGGCUUCGAGGCGACGAUCGAUACUAUCGAGCCAGAGAAACUUCCGGGGCAGUUUGAGAGUGACGAUGAAAUUCUGAACGAGGUCUGGAAGCUUGGUGCUCGGGCAGCCACGGCGGCCUGCUUUGACAAGGGUACGCAAACGACAAUCUGGGAGGUCACUGAAGAGAACGGGGUGUUUGCGCGUAGCACCAGACCCUCGGUGACAUACAAGGGCACAACGUGGAGCAAUUACACUCUUGAGUUUGAUACCAAGAUCGAGAGGGGAGGCAGCUGGUGGGUAACGGGAGGAGUCAUCGCCGGCAAUGGAUACACCAUGCUCCUCACCGGCGAGCUUCCCGAGUCGAGCACCUUCGCGAACGUCAACAAGACUCUGACACCGCCCAACACUAUUUCACUGGCAUACGGUCCUGACUUUGUGAACCAGACAACACUCACAAGCUACUUGCUCGACGUCUUCGAGGUCCCGUUCACAGUGAAGGAGAAUGAGUGGUACCGCAUCAAAGCCUCCAUGGCUCCCACCGGCCACCUAGCAGUCUCUAUCAACGACACCCAGAUCCUCAACAUCUCGCGCUCCGACUACCCGUGGGCUCUCAGCUCCGGCACAGUCUCCUACACCGGGUCGCCUGACUUCAGCGGCUCCUUCGGCUUCGGGGCGUACCAAGACCAGGCAGCCUACUUCAAGAACGUGCACGUCUACGACACCGCUAACGGCUCCACGCUCUACUCAAACACCCUCACCGGCAACGCGGAAGACAUCCUCGCCGAAUACGGGACUCAAGCUAACAGUGAAGCCGCCUGCCUUGACGGUCCGAAGCGCGACCGCCUCAUCUGGCUCGGCGACUUUUACCACACGGCACGCAUCAUCGCCGUCAGCACGUCAAAGACGGAGCAGGCUAGGGGGACCCUGCAGCUGCUACUUGAUUCACAAAUCGCAAACGGGCAGAUGAACAUCUCGCCUAAUCUGGGCUACAACCUCUCCUCCGUCGCCGAUGCGUUAGCGCCGGCGGGGAGCUUCGGGCUGCAGGAUUACCAGCUCCUAGGCCUCAUGGCCUUCAACGACCACGUGCGUCUGACGAACGACCUCGAGUGGGCAAGAUCCACGUGGCCGCGAUGGCAGAGGGUGCUCGACUGGCUUCUGCCACAGAUCAACUCCACGACAGGGCUGUUAACUUUCGAUGGAGGGUUCGCGUUUACAGGGCCCGCUGACGGGGGAUCCGCGAUCGGAUGCGAGGCCGUUCAGACUCUCAACGGUGCUGCUGACGUGGCUGAUGCUCUCAAUGAUACGGCAUCUGCUACGCGAUACCGGGACGCGGCGACAUCGCUUGCGACUGCGAUCAACAAGCGUCUCUGGAACGAGGAGGCAGGCGCGUACGGUCUUUCGCCGGCUGAUCUGGACGGCAUUUCUGUGGCUGCAACGGCGUUCUGCAUCACUUCAGGCGUGGCGAAUGCAACACGCGCAUCGCGGUCUCUUGACGCUGUAUCACGCCUGAAGCUGGGACCGGGAUACAAGGAUACCUCGGCAGUGAGUUCCAACGACUCGAGCGUCAACAUCUCGCCCAACACCAAUGGCUUCCUGCUGGAAGCGCUGUUCAUCGGCAACGAGACGCAGGCAGCGAAAGAGUUGAUGGAGAGUCUCUGGGGCGCCAUGCUACCCGGCGACACGACCGCAGCGCAGAACAAGAGCGCGGUCGGCGCGAGCUGGGAGUACGUCAACGCCGCGACGCAACAGCCCGGCCUGGGACUGUUCACGAGCCUGAGUCAUCCGUGGGGCGGCGCCGCGACGUAUGUGCUAACGGAGUGGGCUACGGGGCUGCGGGCUGCUACGGGUGUUGACGGGUUUGGGUACAGGAACUGGGUGGUUUCGCCUGCGAGUGGUGUCGAGAUGGGGCUGAAGAGGGCGAGCGCCAAGGUUGUCACUGCGUUUGAAGGUGAGUUGAGUGUUGAGUGGAGGGUGCGCGAUGGUGAUAUUAGUGUUACUAUUCGGGCACCAGUCGGUACGCAGGGACAGUUUGUUUAUGGGAAUCAGAGCAUUGCGUUGCAUGGGAGGUCUGAGUAUCAGUUUACUGUCGACGCGUCGCUGAAUAAUGGUAUUGUUUAA